AUGCACGAAGAGGAGGAUGGCGGAGACUCAAACUCCUGCUCUGCCCCGCGCCUGCCCACCUUCAAGUCCGUGGACGUGGCCGACCUAGACUGCGGGAAGGAGCAGGCCUCCAAGCUGUGCGGCUACUUAAACAAGCUGUCCGGCAAGGGGCCUCUCAGGGGGUACAAGCUGCGCUGGUUCGUGUACGAUCCGAGGAAAUGCUACUUGUAUUACUUCAAGACUCCCCAGGACGCCCUGCCCCUCGGACACAUCGAUAUCGGCGAUGCGUGCUUCAUGUACGACGUGGAGGGGGACGAGGGCCAGUUUGAGGUCCGCACAGACGGCAAGGAGUUCCUCCUGAAGGCCCCCAACAGGCAGGUGAUGCUCUACUGGCUGCAGCAGUUGCAGCAGAAACGCUGGGAGUACAGCAGCACACGAGGCGGCGGUCAGAGAGACAGCUGGAGCUCCCCGACGCUGGUUUACCCUCCCACCGGCCUCGUGGGUAAAGAUAUCGAUUCAGUCAUCAAUGAGAACCAAAGUGAAAACCUGGAGAAGGUCCGGAGCGACUUCGCCAUGGAGACGGAGUUAAAUCCUGGUGGGAUGGUGGGGAUCCAGUCUGCCAGAGGGCCGUCUGCUGCGAAUGCGAACCCCAUCAACUUUUCGCUGAAAAACUUUGGCACCGAGCUCAGAAACACCAUGUCGUCUCUGCGGCCCGGCAGAGCGGGCGAGAACAGACGCAGUGUGUUUUACACCAACAACAGCAGCUCAGAGGAGUGGGAGAUGAUCAAUCCUCCACCCAAGGACUUCCCUGAACAGAAGACUCUCCUCAGCUCACACAGACAUUCCUUCGGAUCGGCGUUCACUUUCGAUUUUGUGCGCACCUCCUCACGGCCCAAGAGGUCCUCGCUUCGAGACGUGAAGGGAACGGGGAGGUUUGGGCGCAGUUCUGAGAACUCUGCGGCGGAGUGUAACGGCAGCAAGCCUUCGGACCUGCAGCUUCGACUGCAGAGCCAACAAGAAGAACUGAGCCAGAUGCAGCAGGAGCAAGUCCAGCUGCGAGAGAAGCUGGCCAGCCAGAAGGAACUGGUGAGGCUUCUGCAACAGACUCUAAGAACCUCCCAGUGUGACGGACCCGCUGUGCAGCGACCAGCUCCACGCACAUCCUCCCCCUCGGACCAGAGUCAGGCUUCAGCUGUAACCCAGGAGCAUGUGGCUCGGCUGGAGGCGCUGCUUCAGGAGAGAGACGUGCAGAUUCCGUCCCUGUGUGGCCACAUGGAGCGUCUGUCCCUGGAGAAGGAGAGCCUGCAGAAGGAGCUGAAGGGCCUGAAAAUCAAGGUGGGGGAAAUGAACGACCAACUGGGAAUGCUGAUGGAGACCAUCCAGGCUAAGGACGAAGUCAUCAUGAAGUUGUCGCAGCAGAGCUCUGAGCAGAGCGGAAAUCCAAAUGAUGCAGGAUCACCAGCUCCACACAUGGAGCAGCAGGAGCUGGACGUCCUCAAGGACAGUCUUCAAGGAUACAAAUCCCAGAACAAAUUCCUGAACAAAGAGAUCCUGGAGCUGACGGUGCUGAGGCGAAACGCAGAGAGCAGAGAAAAGGCUUUAGAGGCAAAGUGCACCGCUCUGGAGGCCAAGCUGUGUCAGGUGGAGAGUAAGUACCUGGUGCUGCUUCAGGAGGUCCGGGCCCCCGUGUGUUCGUCGUCGGAGCAGAGCCCUGCUCGGGAAGUCAUUUCCAGAUUACUGGAGGACGCGCUGCAGGCAGAGAGCUCGGACCAGCAGGAGCACGCAAUCUUCAAACCAAACACUGUCAGCGAGUACGACGUGUACGGCUUCAAGACGCUCCCCGAGGAGGAGGAAGAGGAGGAGAGGCUGGUUGCGAAGGUCAGAGCCUUGGAGCUGAAGUCCCUGUCCAUGACGGAUCAGGAGGUGUCCGUUGGGGUCAAGUGGGAGAACUUUCUGGCCAGCACCAUGAACAGAGACCUGGUGCGCUCCCCCGAGCUCAAGACCCUGAUUCGCUGCGGCGUGCCCCACGAGCACCGCUCCCUCGUGUGGCGCUGGUGCGUCUCCUUCCACGUCAAGAAGUUCCGGGAACACUUGGCGCCGGACUAUUACGAGACCUUGCUGAACGUGGCCCGGGAGAGGCCCAACCCGGCGUCGAAGCAGAUCGAGCUGGACUUGCUGCGCACUUUGCCCAACAACAAGCAUUACGCCUCGCCGAGCGCGGGCGGCAUCCACAAGCUCAGGAACGUCCUGCUGGCCUUUUCCUGGAGGAAUCCAGACAUCGGCUACUGUCAGGGACUGAACAGGCUUGCAGCUAUCGCCUUGCUCUACUUGGACCAAGAAGAUGUCUUUUGGACCCUUGUGGCCAUAGUGGAGGUUUUCAUGCCUAGAGACUAUUACACAAAGACGCUGCUUGGCUCUCAGGUCGACCAGCGUGUGUUUAAGGACCUAAUGAGCGAGAAGCUGCCGCGCCUUCAUGCUCACUUCGAGCAGCACAAAGUGGACUUCUCCCUCAUCACCUUCAACUGGUUCCUGGUGGUGUUUGUGGACAGCGUGGUGAGCGACAUCCUCUUUAAGAUCUGGGACGCCUUUCUGUUUGAAGGACCGAAGAUCAUAUUUAGAUUUGCUCUCGCUCUGUUCAAGUACAAAGAAGAAGAUUUUUUGAAGUUGCAGGAUUCCACAGCCAUCUUCAAAUAUCUUCGAUGUUUCACACGCACGAUCCUGGAUUCAAGGUGAAAUAUGAAUAUUUUGUUUAUAUCACAAAAACCCACCAGGGAUGUGUUUGCUUCGACACCCCGUUUCCGCAUCGAUCCAUUCAGAAGUCAUACCAAGACAGCUCAGAUGGAGGUGUCUUAUGACAAAGCCUUAUGUGUACAGUGA